AUGGCGAUAUAUACGAGCUUGCCCGCCGAACUCCAGGAGGUGGACGUUAUCAUAGCAGGAGGUGGGAGCGCCGGCUGCAUCAUCGCAGCCCGACUUUCUGAUGCUGACCCGGGUCUGUCAAUACUCGUCGUCGAGGGCGGCGCUUCCAACCAGAAUAUCCCAUCACUUUCACACCCUGCAUUAUUCCUGAGCAACCUGGGCCCUAACAGCAACUACAACAUCUGCUAUAAGGCUAAGGCGUCGGCAGAUCUAGCCGACCGCGAACUUGAAGUCUUGGCAGGAGGAGUGCUGGGCGGCGGCUCCUCAAUCAACCUGAUGGUAUACUCGCGGCCGCAGCGUUCUGAUUUCGACGCCUGGUCGAUUCCAGGGUGGUCUGCCGAUGAGAUGCUAAUGUACAUGAACAAGCUGGAAACGUAUCAUGGCUCUCAUAGCAUUGGGAGCCAUGGUCAGAAUGGCCCGAUGCAGGUCUCUAGGGGUAGGUUUGGCUCUCGUCGGUUUCAAGAUGAUUUCUUGACCGCUGUUGAUGCCACGGGGUGGCAUGAGGUUCACGACCUGCAGACUAUGGAUGCCACUAUUGGGGCCCAGGCUGCGAUGCGCUGGGUUGAUUUGGAAGGACGACGGCAAGACACCGCUCAUCAAUACCUAUUUCCAAGGCUCAAUGACGGACGCCACUCUAAUUUGCAUGUGCUACUGCAGUCGCGAGUGAGACGUGUCUUAUUUGAUGCAAAGCGAGCAGUCGGGAUUGAGUACCAGCCCAGCCAAACUCAGACGCUAUCUUCGCUAAAGGCAAGAAAAAUGGUAAUUAUAUCAUGUGGCGCCCUUGGUAGCCCUUUAGUUCUUGAGCGCUCGGGAAUCGGCAAUCCCGACAUCUUACGGUCGGCUGGUGUGCCUAUCGUUGCUGAUGUUCCAGGUGUCGGAUCUCACUACCAAGAUCAUCAAGUCAUGUGUUACGCCUACAAAUCGUGCCUCAAACCAGAGGAGACUAUGGACGCUAUUUGGUCCGGCCGGCUUGACACCGAGGGACUAAUUCAUCACAACGAACGAAUUUUGAGCUGGAAUGCUGUUGAUGCAUACUGCAAGCUACGUCCAAGCGAUGCAGAUAUCACCAGUCUUGGGCCUGCGUUCCAGAAUGAAUGGGUUAAGGAAUACCAAGGGCGGGAAGACCGGCCUCUGAUGCUGAUAACCCCAGCAUGCGGGUUCUAUGGGGAUAGGGCCAGUGUUCCCAAGGGACAAUACUACUGUAUUGCGCCGUUUUCCACCUAUCCAGUCUCCAGAGGAGAAAUUCAUAUCACUGGCCCGGGGCUGGAAGACGUUCCGGAUUUCAGUACUGGUUUUUUGUCGGAUCCUGAGAACGUAGAUCUCAAGCAGCACAUUUGGGCAUACAAGAUACAGCGCAGGAUCGCGCGGAGAAUGGAGAUCUUCAGAGGAGAGGUUGCCCACAUGCACCCAGAAUUCUCGCCAGGUUCACAAGCAGCUUGCAUCGACGGUCCUGCAGUGGGUUCGGCUUAUGAAAUUUCAUAUAGCCAUGAAGACGACGAGGUAAUAGCACAAUGGGUUCGAAAGAAUCUCAGUUCAACAUGGCAUUCCCAGGGGACAUGUAGGAUGUCGCUAGUACGCGAACAAGGUGGCGUGGUAGAUGCUGACCUCAAUGUCUACGGCAUCGAGCGACUCAAGGUGGCAGAUCUGAGCAUCCUUCCAGGUAACGUGGGAUGCAACACUAACAGUGUCGCUAUGGCAAUUGGCGAGAAAGCCGCAGAUAUCAUCAUUCUAGAACUGGACCUCGAGACAUAG